CCGAAAAAAGCAGUGUUGAAAAAUUGUAGCAAUAUUAAAAAUUCGCACAACUCUAGAAAGUGAUACAAGCGAUUCGUAGAACGUGUAUCUAAUCCGUUGUUUAACUUUGAGACGUUUUUGUUGUAAUACAAAGUUGCCGCACAUCCAGGGCAGUUUCAACCGCUGAACGAUCCACACCGCUCUCAAAUGGUCACCAUGGAGAACAGCGACGAGAUCCUGCAGAUCCUGGAGCGUUUCACCCGCCUCAAGCAAAAGGAGAUACCCAAAGAGCUGGAGGACUAUCUGCAAUAUGUCGCCAAGACCGGCGACACCAUCUUCAAGUGGUCCAGCCUAAAGUAUCUAUUCCGCGAGAAGCUACUCAACGUCAUCAAGCACUUUAACGAGGAUUCACCCCGGUUGGAAGAGAUUCCCAACUAUCCCAAUGUGGAUCCCUUUAACUAUGAGACCAUGAAGUCGACACUUCUGGAGCGGCUCGAUCUGUUCAACGCUGCCCCGUUUACCGUGCAACGGUUGUGCGAGCUGCUGAUCGAUCCCCGGAAGCAGUACUCGCGGAUUGACAAAUUUAUGCGCGCCCUGGAGAAGAAUAUACUGGUCGUCAGCACCAUCGAUCCGGGUCGGAAGCGCACGGAGAGCGAGAACGGUGACUCCCUGGACUCUGUGGUCAACGGCGACCUCUCCCUGGAGGUCAACAUCGACAUCGAGAUGGAGAACGAGGCCCAGUUCAACAACGGCAACGCCGAGGACGGCUCCGCUCCCAGCUCUGGAUCGGGGGCCUUGAAAGCAAGCUGCCCCCGAUCGGAGGGCGGUCCCCAGCCCAAGGCAAAGAAAGCCAAGCUGGAGUUCGAGGGCGAUGAGGAGGCAACCGAUGCUUCCACCAAGAAGAGUGACAACGACGAGACUGAUGCCCGCCAGGAGGCGGCAGAGAUCGAAGAGCCCGACGAGGAGCUCGAGGAGGCCGAGGACUUAAAGACUACCAAGCAGGCUCAUAACGGAGCCAAGCAGGAGGAGAGCAUCCCAGCUGCAGCAGCCGGGGAUGACGAGUCCAGUGCCUCGCCAGAUGCCGAAAAAGAAACAAUCGCCGACGAGGAGAUGGAAAAGGAGCCGAAGCUCGAGGAGAAGGAGCAGGAAAAGGAGGAUGAAGUGGCUGAGCCGCUAAAGAAAAUUGUGGAGAAGCAAGAGACCGAAAAGACAGAGAAGUUGGAAAAACAGGAAGAGAAAGUGUCCGAAAAGACAGUUAAAGAUGAUGCUCCUCCAGCAGAAGAGUCCUCCAAAGCUGAGCCCGAGAAGGACAAGCAGGAGAAGUCAGCGUCUCCUGCUCCCGAGGAGAAGACUGCAGACGAAAAGGAGACAUCCGAACCAGCCGAGAAGCAAGCUGAGCCACUAGAGAAGGAAAAGGAGACCCAGGCCGAGGCCAAGCCAGAAGCCGAAUCCAAGGAGAGCCAAUCCGAAAAGACUGAGACUGAGUCGUCGGCCAAGGAGCCGCAAAAGGAGAGUUCCGAGAAGGACGAGCCAGAGGAGAAGACUGCCGAGCCGGCAGCCGAAGCCGAUAAAAACGUGGACCACGAUAAGACUGCCGAAGAUGCCAAGGGCUCCUUGGAAGAAAAGGAAACAGCAGCUGGCCCCGAAGAUGUGGCAGUUGCUGAGGCCGCUGCUGCCACACCAAAAUCUCCGGUGCCAGCUGCUGCCACCGAAUCCGUUUCAACGCCGCCGGUUGCAGAAGCAGCUGUCGCCGCCGCCACCACCACCACCGUUGAAGCUGAGGGUGUUGAGGAUGCCGAGCCAGCUGCUGUAGCAGCGGCCGUCACUCCGCCAGCUUUGGCAUUGAACGAUCAGCCCAUGGAGGACACACCCGCCGAGGAGGAGGCCCGCGACGAAGAGGUGGUCAUGGCCGAAAGCGGCCCGCCACCGGUCUCGGCCGAAAUGGCCACAGACGACGUUGCCAAGGACGAGCCGGCCGCCAUGGAGGUGGACGACACCAGUCAGGAGGUAAUGGACCAGUAGACAUUGCACGUCGAUAGCGACGACUUCAACUACAUUCAACUACUACUCCAUAUUACUUAGCAUUGUAAGUCAAGCGCCCAUCCCGCGGGUAUCAUAGAUGUAAUCCAAUUCCCACGAGCCCCUCCGCCCCGAGUUUGAAGCCCACAUCGAAGCCGUGAAACCAAAUCCAGUUUCGGGCAGGCGGAGUCCAAUGUACUACCCUCAUCCCUAAUCCCCAUUUGUAGACGUAAGUUUAAAAACCAGUCAAGCCUAAGUUAAGACUACUCUGUUGACUGUGUUUUGUGUUCCACCAAUCUGUGACCCGUUUCGUUGGCCACCCUCUAGUUUUGUGUAUUUAUGUAUUUUAAUUAAUAUGAUUAUGUUAUAGAAGAGAACCCGCGAUCCACAUCCGAUCAUUGCAUCCGGCGCUCCAAGUGUUCCUGUGCCUGUUUCCGUUCCCUGUUUCCUGUUUCCUGUUCAUGUCCCUGUGCCUGUCUCCCCCUACUCCUUCCCCACCACUUAAGUAACUUUUUUUUUUUUGGAUAAUCUAGUAGUAGUCUGUCGCCAGGCAGAUGCGAGCGAUGAACAUACAAUAAAAACUAUCUAUAUAAACAAA